AUGGCCGUCACCAAGCCCCACAUCGUUAUUGUACCAGGUGGUUGGCACUCGCCUAAACACUUCGCCCCAACUACAGAACUUCUCGAGGCAGCUGGCUAUACCGUCCAUGGCGUGAAUCUCGCUUCCGUCAACGCCUCUCCGCCGCUCACGGAUUGGCGCCCGGACGUAGCAGCCAUCCGCAGCACCAUCGAAGCCGCCAUCGGCCCCGACAACAACGACGUCGUCGUCGUAAUGCACUCUUACGGCGGGCUUCCCACCCAAGACGCCAUCAAGGGGCUCAACAAGGCGAGCCGCCGCCGCGGCGGAGUCGUACGGCUCGUCUUCAUCGCCGCGUUCCUAGCUGACGAGGGCACGUGCCUGAUGGACUACAUCGGCGGCAAGCCCAUGCCAUGGUUCGACGUGGACGAGAGCAACAACACCGUCCUCCCCUUGACCCCGCACCCCACCUUUUAUGGUGACGUCGACCCCGCCCUCGCAGACGUCUCCGCCGCUACGCUACGGCCGCACUCGUACGCCACCUUCUUCAAUCCGGUCGGCCCCAACCCCGCCUGGAAGUUUGUGCCGUGCACCUACCUCGUGUGCGAGGACGACGCCGCCACCCCCGUCGAAGCCCAGGACUCCAUGAUUGAGUAUGCCAGGGCCAACGGCUGCCAGUUGGACUGCGUUGAGAGGAUCAAGGCGAGCCAUAGUCCAUUUUUGAGUCAGCCCGAGUGGACCGCGGCAGCCAUUAGAAGGGCGUGUGGGGAGGAGGUGGCCGAGUGA